UAUUGAUUGGGGUGAGGGGUAGACUACUGGGUGUUUUAAUCUCUUCACUACUGGAUGUGUAUCUCAUUUGGUGAGAAAAACUAGGAAUUUCUGCAGUUUCAUCUCCUGGAAAUUAUUUGUUUGGAAUAUUAACUGGUGGAUGUAUAGUUUAUGAGUUGACUUUUUUAAAAACAACAAACUUUUUUUCGAGGAUUGUUUUUUAAAUGGGAGAAAAGUGAUUAAUUUGUCCAGGUGGAAUACACGAUCCGGAUUAUUUUGAAUAUGUUGUAAAAGAAGAAGUCAGAAAUUGCCAUCUCACCAAACACAAGACCAUUUAGACUUUCAUGUCAUUAGAAAUGUUCCUGGAUACUACAAUAUGACUGGUCAUUACAGUGCCUGAAACUCUGCAAUAUAUUUAGGUUGUGGUAAACUGAACAAGUGUUGAAGUACUGAUUAUGAAUGGGAUAUAAUACACAUCAGUGUGUGAUUAUUGGUUACUAGAGAACUGAGGCAACAUGGGGCAGAACCAAAGCUCUCGUUCUAUACCAACAACACCAAAAGGUCCUCCAGCAAGACCCAGUACACAACCAAGUGCUCGACCACUCAGUCAGUUGGGACCACAGGGACCAAGUUAUGUAAAUCCUGAAAAUAAAGUCUUGCCAAUAGUGCUUCCUCCUUCUGCCAAAUCAUUAUUGAGACCAGUGUCUCAGGAAUUAAGUGAUUUUCAUCCUGAAUACAAAGAAAUCUUCCGUUCGGAAAGUUUAGAAGAUGAUAAUGGAAAUAUUACUAAUGGGGAAGUUGUUCAUGAUGGUUCAAAACACGGUUCAAAUAGACAGGAUGUGAAUGGGAAUUUAUCUCCAAGGUCAAAUGGACAUAUACCCAAUGAUAAUAGAAAUGGAGAUUUGAACCGACGACCUGUAUCAAUGUACACUAAUGGUGGUGGUGGUGGUAAUAAUAAUACCAAUGUCAAAGGUCAUCGUAGACAGCUCUCUGCUUCGUCUGUUCUUUACUCCAAAGAGAAUACAAUUAUAGAACAUCCAGAUGAACCUAAAUAUAAUGAUGACCGACCAAGGAAGGUAACUCUUCCUGCUAAAAGUUCCUUUGAUAUGCCUUACUCGGAAAACUUAACUUAUGCUCAGUUAGCCGAAUAUCGACGUAAUCAAACUCUGGCAGAAUUAGAAAGGAAGACAGGAAGGAAGAUUGAAGAUCUAUCCGCAUACGCAGAAGAUAAACAAUCAAACUUUGAAAGAGCGCCAUCUACUAGAUCAGCCAAAAGUUAUCAUAGUGCCGGAUCUGCUGUCAGUAAGAAGAAAAGUCGAGCACCACCUCCUCCAAAUCAACCACCUCCUCCUCCAGGGUCUAAAUCAGCCCCAAAUACACCCAGAGGUCCACCAGGGUCUAAAUCAGCCCCAAGUACACCAAGAGGCAGUAAUAUGCAUACACCACCUGCCAGACCUAAUAAGCCACCGCCAAUAUUGAAAUCAUAUUCAGUUGACAGGGAGCCACCUGCAGAUUAUGAUGAUGCUCAACCAAGGAAAAAUGUUUCUAUUAAUAGAUCGUCCAGCUCUGCUAGUGGUAGCAGAAAAUCAUAUGCUCCCGCUACAUCAGCUCCACCGCCAAACGCACCACCACCCCCACCACCACCUGGAACAGGAAUAUUACGCAAUACUAAUAAAAGACUGAACAAAUCAAUGGUAGAACUACCAAUGGCUAAUAGUGCUAGUGACUUUAUCAAAGUUCGUAGUCCACCAGUUCGUCAAGACAGCUUCAACAAACCAGCCUUACAGACUGAACAGAAUAAAUUUUUAUCACAAAUUCAGAAGGCUGCAGAAAAUCGUGCCAUGAGGCGACAAAACUCAGAACCAGUCAUGACUUCAACAACAACUAUCAAUGGUGAUAUAGACAAUAAAGUGGAAGAGAACUUGAUUUUAAGUGCUACUACAAACACCUUGGAAAGUGCCAAAAAUGAUAAUGAUCAAGAUUUACCACUUUUGGUUAAAACCCCUCCACCAGUGGCGCUGAAACCCAAUAGAUCUUCAUCAUCCUCAUUUGAGCGGCAAAAUUCUGUUACAUCUGAAUCAAGCACUGCAAAUAGUGUUCAGUCAUCAAGCAGCAGUGUCGAUCAAAAUGGUGCAAUUCGUCGCCUCAACAGUCUAUUGCAACAUGAUAUAAAACUAGCAGCACAAUCAAAGGCCACUAAAAUUGUUAAACAUGCCACACCAGUCAAAGAAAAACCUAAGGAUCCAGCACAGGCAUUUCGGGAGCAGCUUGCAAAGGCUGCUUAUGAACGUGAUCAUAGGGCAAAGACUGGACCUACUAUUGAUGAAAAAUUAAAAGCUGCUCAGGCAGAGGAAAAAGAAAAAAGUGAAGCUAAUAUUGUGUUUUAUACUGAUCAGGUUACUGUAAAACGAAGCGAUAGCAUUCGUAAACAGAAUGAGGAAUUUAGAAAAGAGGAUACUAAAAAGAGAGAGGCUAUUGUACAAGAAGUAACACUGCCACAUUCAGAAAAGAUAACUAAUGUGAAAGUUGAAUCUCCAAAAGAAGUUUUUACCAUCAGGAAAGAUCAAAUUGAAAAGCCUUAUCUUCCAGUUUUAACAAAUGGCAAUAUGGUAGAACAAAAGGGUGAAAUUAUACAUCAUCCACGACAGAUGACCCCGGGUUCUGGCAUUGGUUCUCAGAAGGACAGUUACCGUAAUUCUAUUUAUGCAUCAAAAGACUGGACUCCAGAAGUAGAUUUAGAUUCAGAUGACAAUAUAUCUGACACUGAGGUAUUGACGUCAAGUCUCGGCAAAUCUAAUGGUUUCAAAUCAUCAGUAUUUCCAGCAAAAGUUAAUGAAAUAAAUUAUAAAGGAAAGAAACAAAAGGGAAAGGAGAGAAAGUUCAAGAAAAGCAUUGAAAACGAUGAAAAGAAAAAACAUGGCAGCAUUAAAAAAUUCAAAAACUCUGUUCACAAAAGUGUGUUAAAUGCAUUUGGUUCUAUAAGUAAAGCUUCUGGGAAGGUAUUGAAGAAAAAUAAAUCUGAGGACUUAGAAUAUGUGAAUGAUGCACCAAUGAACUGGACUUUAUCAUCAUCCUCAUCUACACCAUCAUUCUCUGGCACUCCUGUAGCAAGUCGACCAAAUCUAAGUGAGGGACAGUUGUCAAAUCGUGCCUAUAAAUACAUGGUUCCAAACGGUUACCAAGAUCAUGUGUCUCUGAGUAGUGAAAGCUCAGACGAAGAGAGAAUUGUUACUAACAAGGUCAUGUUUGAAUCAAACGGCCAUAUUGAAAGCAAUGAAGAUACCGAUAAUGAGGAUGACAAGGAUCAGAAAUAUUUGAAACGUGCUGGUGUGGCAUACGUAAGUAAGAGUGGACAAAUCGUUGUUUUACCUGAGUAUGAUAAAGUUCAUCCAGGGGAACAGGGACCAGGAGAAUUUGAUAAUCAUGCACCAAAACUUAAAAAUAAGAAAAAGAAGUUUACUUUCGAUAAUACUGUUCGUAGGAAAGAGAGAGAACAAAUCAGUGAGCAAAUCACCAUGGAUGCUACAGAAAAGGAGAGAAAACGAGAGGAAGAAAGGCGCAGGGAAAUGGAGGCAGAUACUGAUAUUAAACGGACACGUGAGUUAGAAGCUCGUGAACGCUUGCAGCGAUUAGAAAUGCAGGCUCAGCUACAUCAGCAGUUAUUACAACAACAACAGCAGUAUGGGAUGCUGUCAGCGCCACCUCUGCCUCCACCUAAUGGAUUCCAACAGGGCUUUAAUCCAGUGGAAUUUUCUCAGUUCUUUGCCCAGCAAUCUGGGUACGGUUUACCAUAUGGAACUCCGACAGGGUUUGGAGCUCCAAUGUACAAUAACAAUGUGCCAACCAUGUCUUAUGAUCUGAGUGAAUAUAUGCGAAUGAUGGGUGUUCAGAACUCAACACCUACAUCAACUUCACAGCAAUUAAAUGCUUAUAUGUUACAUGGGGGACUAAACUGGCCACAAACAAGUCUACUGUCAUAUCCAAACAAACAACAAGAUGAUUCUAAGCGUAAUCAGGUGUAUCAAAAUUGGACUGGACCUAAGAAACAAAUCGUUAAAUCUAAUUCUCAAGGAGACAGUGGUGCUAGUACUUCUAAAAAGUCAUCUUUUUACUCGGCUGAUGAAUCUGACAGUUCGGCAGGACUGUCGCCACAACGAACUGAUGCUUCAAUGAGUGCUUCCAAGAACAAUGUUAAUGGUGACACAAAUGAUAAUUAUGGAUAUAAGUCUAAUAUAUCUGUAACGACUGUCUACACACCAGGAUUUACCAAAAGUGCUGCUUCAGAUACUGGUUCUGUGAUAAGUGACAACAGUGCUGAUCGAUGAAACUGACAAUUAAUAGUACAGGAAAAUAAUCAGUAAAUGGCCUUGACCUACUGUGUUGGUACAGACCAAGAAGAUCAAGAACUUAAGUUGAAUUCAAGGAAGAGUUGUGACACAAAAUAAGAAUUUCACAUGUUAAUUCUACAAGUAAAAGGUGCUCAGAAUGUUGACAAUAUAUGUUCAUGGUUGUGAUCAAUAGUUGUAUAUUUGUUUAUUUUUGUAAUAUUUUAUUGUUAAAAUGGUAAUGUUAGUUUUAGCUGUCUGAACAAUAUCUGAGUUCCCUGUCAUCUUGGUCGGUUGAAUGGUCAAUAUUGAAACCUUAAAGGCCUUGUUUCAGAUGUCCUGGCCGAUGCCAAAACCAGCAUGACCUUCUCCUAGUUUCUGAUAUAUGCCAGUAUAAUAACUUUGUGGCCUUCUUUCAAUAAUAAGACGCCCAUGUUGAACCAAGCCAAACAUCUGUUUUGGCUAACUUGCCUAUGCCAGAAAGCCUAAGUUUUGUUGUAUACAAUACCUUGAUCUUGUGAAAGUUUAUUUGUCAAUACUUUCUUGUCUAGUCAUUUUCUAUGCAGUUCAGUUAUAUUAGUCUUUUGAUACACUGAAUUUCCACAAGAAAGUUGAGGUAACCCCGGAGCCAAGUGCCUUAACCUGGUCUUCAGGACAAAAGAACAGAGACGAUGACCUUUGGGGAUGUACCUUGCCAUAGUACCCCUGUCCUUCAAACUUAUUUGUUGCCCUUUAAACUUUGAUGCUAGUGUACAAUUGAAUAUCAUGAAUAUACCUUCUAUUUGUAUUUUUCUAGAUUUGAUUUAUUGAAUAUCUUGCUGCAAUAUUUAACAACCUCCAGUUGUUUAUGUUCACAUGUCACUUAGGGUUCAGUAUAGACAAGAUUCCCAGGUCACUCAAGGUUAAACAAAGACAGGUUCACAUGUCACAUUGGGUUCAGUAACGACAUCCCCUGGUCCAUUAUAGACAGGUUCCACAAAAAUCAGGAUUCAGUGUAGACUGGUUCCCAGGUCACUGAGGGUUCAGUACUGUGGUUUCCAAGUUACUCAGAUUCAGUAUAGAUGUGUAAUCAGGUCAUACAGGGUUUAGUACAGGCAGGUUCCCAGGUUACUCAGGGUCCAAUAUAGACAGGUUCCCAGGUUACUCAGGGUCCAAUAUAGACAGGUCCCCUGGGGUCUCGGUCAUAAAACUUAAAUUUCUGAGUCUGAGUAUGAUAAUCAUGCUCAAAUUUUUUAUGACCCCAAGGCCAGGUUUCUCAGGGUUCCAUGAAGUUUGUUUGUUAAUAUUGUUGGUAUUGAUAUGUUGCUUCAGAACUGAAGAAGUUGUACAGAUUUGCUUACAAAUGUUAAGAAUGAUUUGAGCUUGAUUAAACAUUCAAAAUAACUAAACUGUUUGAAAUUGCAUUUUUAAACCUUCAAUUCAAAAUAAACUUUGUUUUUAGAUAAAAAAAAAAACCUUUUAAAAUAGUUAGUAAUGAUCUUAUGUAAAACAUUUCUGACCCAUUUUAUUUUAUUGUGUUCUCUUACAUCGAGGUAGCAAACCGGAACAUAUCUCAUAAUUAGUAAAACUUAUCAUGUACUGUUAGACAAAUACUAUGCAAAAUAGUCCUAAUUUAUGGAUUGUGUGUUGGAUAUUUCCUUAAAAGUUUAUAUUAGAAUACUUUAUAUCUGAAAUACUAUCAAAUCAUAUUGAAUACUUUAUCACCUAUCGGUAACUUGUGAAAUAACAAAAACAUGUAAUAAUUUCAUAAUUUUGUUCAAAAAAGUAAAAUUGUAUAAAUCCAUGAAAUUAAUGUAUGAUUUAUUGUUUAAAAGAAAAUAAUAAAAUUUUAAACUUUUGAUUAUUAAUAAGAAGGAAGUUUUUUUCCUAAAUUUCUCUCUCAAUUUUAUUUCGUAGAGAGAGAGAGAUAAAACAAUAUAAAGUUGAAAAUAUGCUAUCAUAGAUAAGUAGAAAUUUUUAAACACAUUAGACCUUAAUUAUAAGAAUCACAAUCAGUAUUCCAGAUUUAAAAAAAAAAUAUGACUGAUAGUUGAAGUAAGUUGAAAUCAUAUAAAACAUUUAUUCUGAGUUAUACUUAAGCUGUAUCUAUAUAAUGUUUGGUUGCAAAGUAAUAAAUGUUGAGUGAAUACAACUAACAAGAAUUCCAUCUUAUAUGAUCUGAAUUCUAAUAAGCAGCAUCAAUUUAUCAAAACUGCAUGUCAAUUCUUUUUAUAAUCAUCAAAUCUUGUCAUAUAAUGGAUUACCUGCUAUUUUUAUCUGGUAAAUAUUAUGAAUUAUGUUCAAUUAUUAAAGAGUCAUCAAUUGUGGAAUUAUUAAAAAAAAAUGGCAGUUGAUUGAUAACAGUUAUAUCUUCAUGUCUUUAGUCAGUAUAAAUACUAUUUAAAUUUGUAGUGAGAAUGUUCAUGUAAUAUUUACCAUUUAUAUUUUCACCACAAAAUUUAGAAUAUUUUGGUCCCCUCUCAUGAUGAGCUUAUGGGUCAUGAGCUACAAAAUUUUGGUGUGAACCAGUUGAACCUGCACAAGGAACAAACCCUUUUUCAGGUACUUUACUGCAGUUUUAUUUAAUCUGCAAUAAAUGCAAUUGUCUGGCUGAUCUAAAAUAUUUUAGGGGUUAGUGUGAUACCAAAGUAUUUCUGUCAGCAAAAUAGUUUUUAACAUUUAAAAAAAAAUGUGAAAAUUUGUCCUUUCACAUUAAAGUAUAUUAUCAAUUACUUUUUUUACAAAUGGACAUUAAGCAAAAAAUAAACACACAAUCUAUUACACUUACCAAACAGUAAAUCUUCAAAAGUGCUAUUUUAAAAUAUUAUGAAACUCAUUAAAAAAACUAAGUAAAGUAUGUUAUAUGAUUUUUGUAUGGCCAGUAAAUGUAGUCCACCAUUAUUUAUAGACACAUACUGUACUGUCUCUUAUUACACUAACUUUCGUUGUCUUUAUACUUUUCAGAAUCUCAAAACUUCUGUGAUAGGCUAUGUGAAAAGGGAAAUAAUCCUAGAUCUGAUUUUCAAUGUAUGUCAUAUGGGAGAUAACUCUAUUUUGGUUGUGAAAAUUUUAUUUAUGUAUAUUUUUUUUUAUGUUGAUAUCUUUCAAAAAUAUAUUUUUGUUAUCAUAUGAUUUAUGUAAUAAGCACAUACAUUUUUUUUAUUUUUGUAUGUUUCCUCAUUAAUCCAUUUAUCAUGAAAAUUUAAAGUGAAUUGAAUAAACUAGUCAGGAAUCAGUUCAUCUAAUUACACGUGUGAUUUUAAACCUAAAUUAGUUGUGAUUCUGUGGAAGCAGUAUAAUUCAACACAAUGCUUUGUUAUUGAAAAGUGUAAUGUUUUUCAAUAAGUUAUCUAUUUAUAUCAGGUUUUAGGAAGUUGAUUUAAUUUGUUCCACAGAAACACAACUGAUUUCCCUUUUUUUCUGACAUGAUCUUUAUAGGUCUGUAAACAUUAACACUAACUUCCUUACAUUGAAUAAUCAUUGAUACAACUUUACUGUAGACUUAUUGGAAGUUUACUAUUGAAUGUUUUAUAAUGAUAAGUUGAUGGUCUAUGAUUUCAUACACUGCAUGUCCUAUCACAUUUUUUUUAAACAGUUACUUCCUUCAGAAGGACAAAAACAAUCAGACCCAAUUAGAUGUUUACUUCAAUUGUAAUUUACUCUUUUGUUAAUCAUUUUAAAUGCUAUUAAUAGUUUCAAUUUAUUUUACUAAAAUAGUAAACAAGCAAUUAAUUUUUGUAUACAGAUCAUGCAGAUAAUGGGGUACCAGUAAUUGUAUGUAAAACCUAGACUGUUGCCUUUUCAUAGGAACCUUUCAUAUUAAACAUGCAUGUGAAAUAAUUCAAAAAUUUUUGAAACUAUUUUUACAAAAAUUAAGCACAUUUAAGCACAGUUUGAAAAUUGAACAAAAAAUGUUAUAAGUUUUUACUUAUAGCACUUUGCAAUAAAGGCUAUUGUGUCCAUUAAAAACUAGCAUUUAUCUGAUGGGAAAAGGAGGUUAUGGUGUAUAAUUUCAUGACGCAAAGUCCAAACUGUUUCAUUUGGAUUGCAGUAUAAUGUGAAUAAUACACUCAUACAGUGCACAUGUUUGAAAUCAACAAACCUUAAUUGGGGACAUUCCUACACAGAUUCAUCUUUAGUUAUCGUUAAAAAAUUGUGACACGAAAGAUUGAUUCAUCUAAACAUCAACAUUCAAAUAAUAAUCAAAUAUUCACCAUUUUCUUUAUUUUUUUUAUAUUUAUACACAUAAAUCUGCAUAUACAAAUAUCAUUAUUUUAUUUAAACAAUAAAGUGCUGAAAUAUUGUAUGUUAAUUUGCCAUGAAAUAUAUUUUUACAUAUCAAAAUUUAUAUUUAGACAAAUAUUUCAUCUUAAUAAAUGUUGGUGAUAUAACUAACAUUAUAGACCAUUAUUUAUUUUCACCAUUGUCAUUUUUUUUUUCACUAGAUAUAUUUUUUAUUUUUCUCUGUUAUCUUAAGAACUAAAUGGAGAUGUUUUAUUUGUUCCUUCUAUAUUUCCCUUUAACCAAGUGUGCAUGUUGUGUAAUGGAGACAAUUACACACUAUUCAACCAAUAAUUAUUACAUUCAAGUAAGUGCAAAUGAAUUGACAUUCAAUGUAUUUCUCUGAUUCUAAAUUACAAAUUUUCAUAUAUAACUUUGUUUCUGUAUACAAAAGUAGGACAGUUAGAAGUGUUACUUUUCUAUACAUAACAAGAUUGUAAGUAGUUCUGUCAUUAUGAUACUCAAUUUUAUUUUAGAAUUGUACCUUUCCUUGAGAUGUUAUAUCUCUUGUCUGAACUGUAAUUUGGAGUAAAUACUACUUUAAUUAUUGUUUGUAUGAUGUCCAUGUUUGUUAUCAUAAUAAUUGCAAUAAUAUCUACCAUCAGGGACAUAACUUUAUAUCAUUUCGUUACAUUUAUACCUAAAUAUAUAAGAAUAAAAUAAUUUUAAUUCUA